UUUUCCGGGUUUCCGGAUCCAUUUCACCUAUAAAACGUCCUAGUUUUAUCUUUUGUUCCUGAGUUUAUCAUUAAAAAACUACAGAUUGAACCAUGAGAAACCUCUCAAUUUUUGCUCUUCUUUUCAUGGCCAUCUUCAUUGUUUCAGCAGGUGCGAGAGAGGCGAGAAUUUUGCAAAAAACUUGCCCCGUUUUAUGGCCAAUGGUUCCAUGCGAUGCUAAAAAAUGCGAAGAAAUGUGUCGCGAUUACUACGGUCCUGUCACCUCUUACUGUAAUAGGGUCGGAACUCCAAUCGCUGAAUGCGCCUGUAAUCUUACAGAUUGUUAAUGACGCUCAGCUCAAUAUAGCCUUUCUCAAUGCGCCUUUUAAGGCUUUUAACCUUUGUGUAUCUAUCUAUAUGUUAACAAGAAGAAUAAAUAUGCAACGUCCGUUACGUUGUUGGAAAAAAGCAAAAGGCGUUAAUUAUAAGGUGCUUUUAAAAAAGUACGUAUGAUCGUUACG